UUUCCCAUCGCUAGUUAGCACAAUGACCUUCGGAAGGUAGAGACACUGAACAGGAAAUCUCCCGAGAGCGCGGCGACGGAAAGAAUUGUUCCCAUGGCGUCAGCAGCGAGCAUGAUCGGUGCUGGGUUCUGUUUCGGGAAUUCAUCAGUGCUGGGGCUGAAGCAAAGUCCCAGAUGUACGGUGAGGCCGAGGCGCAUGGUGGUGGUUAGAGCAGAGGGGCAAACCAUUAACUCUGAGAUCAGGAAGAACGAGGAGAAGGUGGUGGACGCCGUCGUCAUCACCGAGCUCUCCAAGCCCCUCACCGCUUAUUGCAGAUGUUGGAGGUCAGGAACCUUUCCCCUGUGUGAUGGAAGCCAUGUAAAGCACAACAAAGCUACUGGGGACAACGUUGGACCUUUGCUCUUGAAGAAGCAAUGAUAAUAAUGUCCUGGUAUAAUUGUUUUUUGUAUUAAAUUUGGUUACUGCCAACUUCUAAAUAUUUCAUUGUAUGGACAAUGUUUAACUUCUUUCUUUUACUUGAGCUUGUGAUUGCGUAAGGAUUAACAACCUAUUUUUCAUGUUCAUCAUUGAGGCCUUGUCCACAAUGAAUUUAUUAGUAAAUCAGUAUUAUCUUA